AUAGACCGUUGACAUGUAGCAGGCAGAAUAAGAAGAACAACCAACAGACUGAAGAUACAAGAGGACGUGAAUGCAGCUCAAGUACCGAGUCAGCCAGUUUAAUAAAUAAAAGCUAUCAGCAACAGUAAUGACAGGAAAUCUCUGUUUCAUGACUUUUUUAAAACUUUGGAUUAUGUGACAUUAUUAUAUUUCUGCUGUUGUUAGUAUGACUACUAAAACAAAGCCACUGUUUUGGAAAAGUCUCAAAUCCCACACCACGUCAAUUUAUGUGUCGUGGCACCCACAGGAGUCUCUGGGCACAAAGAAACCAAGAAAGACCUAAAAUAUCAGGCUUUUUUUUUAUUUCUUCAAAAUGGACUCGGAUGUCUGCCCCUCUGAUCAGUCAGCCUCUGCGCCCUCAGACUCUUUGUGUUAUGCCACUGUCCCAGCAGCUCCAUCAGGUGCAGAGGUGGAGGAUCUGGACUGCUACAGCCUGAUCGAGCCUCCUCCAUUAGACUGGAGGUCUGACUCCUCCAGCGAGGCGGGCUCAGCAGAUGACCUGGAUGAUCCCAGCUUCCCCCCCUGUUUUGACAGUCUGGACAAGGCUAGUCCGGGUGAGCCAGUAUUAAUACCUUCGAACGGGAGCGGCACUGUGCCUCCACUCAAAGUAAACCAGCAGGAGCUUGUGGAAAGUAUUGCAGAGCCAGUCCUGGAUACUGAGGCGGAACUGGCACAACAGGAUGAAGCUGUUGAGAAAAAAGAAAGGGUGAGCGUGGAGGACUUUGAGUGUGUUGGGGAUUACCAGGAGGAGGUAACCUUAAGUGAUGUGGAGAAUAGGGUCAAUGAAGAGGUGGUUGAGAUUGCUAACAGGAGAUCAGGUGACGAAGACCACAGCCGCAUCCGUACACUGCUCAGCCAGCUCCAGAUGAUGGGACCUCAUCCCAGCUGCCAGACACCACCUCCCCUUGCCCAGCAUCAGCACUCCAGCCUGACUAAACUGGAAACGUGCACUCCCUCCCGAAUGACAGACAACAGUAAUGAAACCACAGGUCUGCUGUUCUCUGAAAGCUACCAGAGAGACCUGAUGGGGCUGCUGCAGUUCACAGAGAUCAGCGCUGCACCCCACCCCACCAGUAUGCACCACAGAGGAGAGGUGGAUGCGGUAGUGUCAGUUUCCUACAGCCAGGAGGACGCUCAAAGGUUCUGGGGGCAUAAUGGGAAUGAUCAACAGGGGCGGCACAGGGACGACUCCCUCACCUCACUGCCUGACGAUGAGUAUCCUGAGCCAGUGUGGAUGAAGCUGGGCGAGGAGCCUCCAGAGGAAGAACAGGCUGCUGCAGAGAGCGAGCAGAGUGCCUAUCAUCCUUCAUAUAAAGAUGUGCCUGGUCCGUGUGACCCUGAAGAUCUGUUGGAUGGUGUGGUAUUUGGUGCCAAGUACCUGGGCUCCACUCAGAUCAAAUCAGAGAAGAACCCAUCUACAAACGCCCGAAUGACCCAGGCUCAGGAGGCUGUGGACCGCAUUAAGGCUCCAGAGGGAGAGUCCCAACCAAUGACAGAGGUGGAUCUGUUCAUCUCCACCCAACGAAUCAAAGUGCUCAGUGCUGACAAACAGGAAGCCAUGAUGGAUCACGCUCUGCAGAUGAUCUCUUACAUUGCAGACAUUGGUGACAUUGUGGUCCUGAUGGCACGAAGGAAACGUAAAGAGCAGGAUAGUGACCCAGCCUCUAAGUCUUCUUCUUCAUCCUCCUCCGGGCCUCAGAAGAAGUGCUUAAUGAUCUGCCAUGUCUUCUCCUCUGACGAUGCUCAGAUCAUAGCCCAGGCUAUAGGUCAGGCGUUUGGAGUCGCCUACCAGCAGUUCCUUCAGGCCAAUGGCAUCAAGGCCAGCGAUCUGAGGCCUGGCGAGUACAGUGACUACCUGGAAAGUCAGGAGCUCUACAACGGAGACCUGGCCCACUUUUCAGACUCUCAGAACCUCAGAGAAGUUGUGAUCACCAAGGCUCCUGGGGAGAUCUUGGGUCUGGCGGUGGUGGAGUCAGGAUGGGGCUCCAUUCUGCCCACAGUGGUGGUGACAAAUCUCCUUCACGGUGGUCCUGCGGAGCGCUGCGGUGAGCUCAGCAUCGGUGACCGAAUCAUGUCCGUCAACAGCACCAGCCUGGUGGGUCUGCCCAUAACCACCUGCCAGAACAUCAUCCGGGACUUAAAAAGCCAAAAGUAUGUGAAGCUCAGCAUCGUCCACUGCCCGCCUGUCACCAUGGCAAUAAUCAGGAGGCCAGAUCCCAAGUUUCAGCUGGGCUUCAGUGUGGAGGACGGCAUUAUCUGCAGCCUGAUGCGGGGUGGUAUAGCGGAGAGAGGAGGCAUCCGUGUUGGGCACCGCAUAAUUGAAAUCAACGGGCAGAGUGUCGUCGCCACACCGCACGACAAGAUCAUCCAGAUCCUGACCAAUGCUGUCGGAGAGAUUCACUUGAAGACCAUGCCAGCCUCAACAUAUCGACUCUUGACAGGACAGGAGCAGCCGGUUUUUCUUUGAGAACUUCCUGUUGCAUCAAGGACAAAAGUGGACAAUAGUGUUCAAGCUACAUGAACUUUUGCCAAUUGCAGAAAAUAUUAUGAUGCAAUUGAUCAUACAGCAUAUCAUAAGCUGUUGUCCCACCACUGAAUUCAACAAACUAGUGUAGCUUUAUAUUUUUAAGAUGAACAGUACAUUUGAAUAUUAUGAAAGCAUAUUUUAAAGUGACAGGGAUAGAUGGUAGCUCUCCAUUUAUAUUUAUCUGAUAUUUAACAAUGCAGGCAGUAGCUGAGAUGCAAUAAUUCAUAAACAGAAUAUUUUUGACUUCACUAACUUUUACAUGGUGGUGAAUGUAUACUGUACUCAAGAGUUUUGGGUCUUCCAGCCUGGUGUGUUGCCAGUGUGCCUGAACUGAAUUUGCUUGCAUGGGAAACCUUAAUUGAAUCAGAACAAAGAGUGUCUGUAUUUUCAUUGUGAUGUACUUCCAGUCCCACACAUGCACAUGCAUAUCAACAAGUGUCUGUCACAACGCUUGAGAGAAGGCUAUUUAGUGCAGCGCUCUGGUUCACUCAUAUAGUGCUUUUAUGACGGUGCCUGACAGGAAGAAGAUAUGCACAAUAAAAGGUAACUGCCUUAUUUGAUAGAGAGAUGCUGUAUAUUUUUAAGACUUUUUUGUCUUGGAUGUUCAUUAAAAUGAUCUGUAAGAUA